GGCAUCCCACGUUUAAUACACAAAUGCACCAAGAAAUGGGAAUGAUGCAAUCGCCAGAACAACAAUUACAUAGAGAGUAUAUGGAACGUUAUAUUGAACCAUUACCAUCCCCAGACUUGGAUGAUCCAAAAAUACAAAAAAUAAGAAACGAAUUGAAAGCGGAAGUACAAAGAACAAUUGCUAAUGAGCUAGCAAAACUAAAAUUAUUUUUAAGUAAAUAUUAUCUUAAAGAUGUAAUAAAGAUUAAUUAA